CAGGAAACUGAGGUUAAAAGUUUUCAGACUAAUGACAACAAGAUGUGGUCAAGAAAAGUUAGAGAUGUUUUAUCAACGUUCAAAAUCUUUAACAAUUAAACUUUGUGGUCGACUAAAAGACGACGUAGAGAUCCAGGAAGAGGAAGAGGAUGUUUUCAGCGAGUGUCAAACUGCUGCUGGUCUCAUUGGAUCCAGCUGCAGAAUGGAGGGAACAUCUGUCCUCAGGCUGCUGGCUCUGAUCUCUCUGCUGAGCCGCUCAACAAACCAAGUUCAUCUGACUGUGAGUCCCAGCAGAUCUCAGUUCUUUAUCAGAGAAUCAGUGACUCUGAUCUGUGAGGAUGAAAACAGACCUGAUGGAUGGACUGUGAGGAGAAACACGACCAGAGGAACCAGGACGCGAUGUGAAGUAUGGGGGAAAUUAAAUUGUUCAACCUGUAACAUGAACUACCUCGUCCCAUUAGAUACUGGUCUGUACUGGUGUGAGUCCAUGUCUGGAUCCUCCAGCAGCAGCAGCAGCAUCCAGCUCUCUGUCUCUGGUGGAUCAGUGAUCCUGCAGAGUCCUGUCCUCCCUGUGAUGGAGGGAGAUGAUGUCACUCUGAGCUGCAGAGCAAAGAAUCCAACCCACAACCUCCCAGCUGCUUUCUAUAAAGAUGGCUCCUUCAUUGGUGAUGGACCAUCAGGUCACAUGACCCUCCUCCAUGUUUCCAGCUCUGAUGAAGGCCUCUAUAAAUGUAAUGUCAAAGGUCAUGGAGAGUCUCCAUCCAGCAGGAUCUCUGUCAAAGGUCAGAGGUCAGCAGCUUCUCUUUAGUUUUGCAACAUGUAAAUCACUACAACUCUGUGUUUUAAUAUUUAGUUUUUUUCCAAUAAUCUGUGUAAGCUAGAAAUCAAAUAGGAAAAAGUAAUUUCAAAAUAGAAAUGUGAAAUGUGCUUAAUUCAAGAUGAUCCUUUUAAUGAUAGAUAGAAAAUUCAUCAUGACUGAAUCCAUCAUUCCUAUUGUUGGUGUUUAAACAGAUUAUAGAAUAAAUGGUUUCUUAAUUCUCUGCAAAUAAAAAGAAAAAACCACAAAUACAGUGAACCCUCAAUAUAACGCGGUUCAUCUUUCACGGCUUCUGAGGUUUUUGUGCAGUUUUUUUUCACAGUGCAUUGUGUUCUGCGUGCUGAUUGGCUAAACAGUCUCCGCGCUUCUUCUCUAUAUACCAUAACGUGCCAAUAACAUUACGGUAUUUAAAUAUACCUAACACAGUUUGGCAAAUUUUGGCAAAGAUUUUUGCCCACAUUAAAAAAGAGCGACAACAACUACCGAUAACGAUGUUCUUCUCUCAAAAAAACUCACCUGCACCUCAGGCUUCAGAA